UCUCACUAAUACCCCAUUAUAGGUACAGUGAGAGGACCAAGCUGCUUCAGUUCCUUCUGAAAAGACAGAAAUACAAGCGAAAUGCGUGAGUGCAUCUCUGUCCAUGUGGGCCAGGCUGGUGUUCAGAUGGGUAACACCUGCUGGGAGCUGUACUGUCUGGAGCACGGUAUCCAGCCUGAUGGACAGAUGCCCAGCCAAAAGCCUGUUGGUGGCCAUGAUGACUCAUUCACCACCUUCUUCAGUGAGACCGGCGCUGGAAAAUAUGUACCUCGUGCCAUCUUUGUGGACCUGGAGCCCACAGUCAUAGAUGAGGUGCGUACCGGUACCUACCGCCAACUCUUCCACCCUGAGCAGUUAAUCUCAGGAAAGGAGGAUGCAGCCAAUAACUACGCUCGAGGUCACUACACCAUCGGCAAGGAGAUCAUAGACUCUGUCCUUGACCGCAUCCGCAAACUGGCUGACCAGUGCACAGGACUGCAGGGCUUCCUGGUGUUCCACAGCUUUGGUGGAGGAACAGGGUCUGGAUUCACCUCCCUCCUGAUGGAGCGUCUCUCUGUUGACUUCGGCAAAAAGUCCAAGCUGGAGUUCGCCAUCUACCCAGCACCGCAGGUGUCCACGGCUGUGGUGGAGCCAUACAACUCCAUCCUGACCACUCACACCACAUUGGAGCAUUCCGACUGCGCCUUCAUGGUGGACAACGAGGCCAUCUAUGACAUCUGCCGGAGGAACCUGGACAUCGAGCGCCCGUCCUACACUAACCUCAACAGGCUCAUCAGCCAGAUUGUGUCCUCCAUCACUGCCUCCCUCCGCUUCGAUGGUGCCCUGAAUGUGGACUUAACGGAGUUCCAGACCAACCUGGUGCCAUAUCCCAGAAUCCACUUUCCCCUUGCUACGUAUGCACCAGUGAUCUCUGCUGAGAAGGCCUACCAUGAGCAGCUCUCCGUGGCCGAGAUCACCAACUCCUGCUUUGAGCCCAGCAACCAAAUGGUGAAGUGUGACCCAAGGCACGGGAAGUACAUGGCCUGCUGCCUGCUGUACCGCGGUGAUGUGGUGCCCAAGGAUGUCAACGUGGCCAUCGCAGCCAUCAAGACCAAGAGGAGCAUCCAGUUCGUGGACUGGUGCCCCACUGGCUUCAAGGUGGGAAUCAACUACCAGCCCCCAACUGUGGUACCUGGAGGUGACCUGGCCAAGGUCCAGAGGGCCGUGUGCAUGCUGAGCAACACCACAGCCAUUGCCGAAGCCUGGGCUCGUCUGGACCACAAGUUUGACUUGAUGUAUGCCAAGCGGGCCUUCGUGCACUGGUACGUGGGGGAAGGCAUGGAGGAGGGAGAAUUCUCUGAGGCCCGUGAAGACAUGGCAGCCCUGGAGAAGGAUUACGAAGAGGUGGGUAUCGACUCCUUUGAGGAAGACGAGGAGGGAGAAGAGUUUUAAAAGAUCUGAGAAGAAAGUGACCUCUGGACAAUGUCGGAGCCCAUUAUAACAUCUAAAAUACUGGAAAAGGACUGAGUGUGAACUCUCUUCUAUUCCUGCCAACAUUACCAAAGGAAGCACAGUGUGCGGCCCCCAAUGUCAUCUUCUUUCUAAAUGUUUGUUUUGUCUUGUGGUGUAACCCUUUUUAUUUUGUACCAGAAGUGUCAAAAUAGCUAUUAAUAUGAAAUAAAGGUGCCAAUUCUGCUUGA